CUAUUUGAUAGAGACCACCUUUGCUAGCCUCUCUCUAUAUAGUUAUAUUAUAUACACAUCCCCCAGUUUAGUACUCUUCGAUUCUUCAUUUAUAGAAACAAAAUAUCAUAAACUAGGAAUAAAUCAUGAAGGCGCUUAUGUUUUUACGGGUUCAGCAGAAUUCAAUAGCAUAUUGUGUGAAGAAAAAUAAACCAUGUAUUGUUGGUUGGGUGAAUUUGUAUUUGAAAGAUUGUCUUUGCAAUGUCCGUGAUGAAUUCUCUUUUGUUUUUGGUCUUAUAAGCCUCGUCUGUUGGGCUGUUGCUGAAAUCCCACAAAUUAUCACCAACUUUCGAACAAAAUCCAGUCAUGGUGUUUCACUUUUUUUCCUUCUUGGUUGGGUUUUCGGUGACAUUUUCAAUCUAGUAGGUUGCCUUCUCGAGCCUGCAACGUUGCCGACCCAAUUGUAUACAGCUGUGCUUUACACAGCGACUACUAUUAUACUGGUGCUGCAAGUCUUGUACUAUGAUUACUUCUAUAAGUGCUGGAAACGCAGUGCUGAUGACUCUGGUCAAGAGGGUGAAGAAGAAGUACUGAAGAAGCCAUUGAAACCAGAAAAAACAAGAGAUUCAGGGAUUCCAAUACCUGUCAGAUCCGCAUCACGACGCAUGGACUUCUAUUACACGUCCGCGAGAUCAUUGGCUGGCAGUUCAACCCCGCCAUUUAGGUCUAAUCUGAGACCUAUUGCAAGUGAUCCAUCAGCAGUGGGACUUAAUCACGAUUAUUCUUCAGAUGAUGACACAACUGAUCCACCAUUAAAUGUUUCUGUUAGCCAACCUAAGCCUGUCCCGCGAUCUGCAGGCUAUGCAGCGUUCUUGGCAACAUCAUCCGGACUGCCUCAUCAGACAAAGGCUUUAAUUGUUGGACUUGGUGGAAGAAAACUGUUACAAGAGCAUGGGACGGAACACAGCGCGCUUGGCCAAUGUUUGGGGUGGAUGAUGGCUGCUGUCUACAUGGGUGGUCGGCUACCUCAAAUAUGGUUAAAUAUUAAACGAGGGAGUGUCGAGGGCUUAAAUCCUUUCAUGUUUGUGUUUGCACUCAUCGCCAAUGUCACUUACGUUGGGAGUAUACUACUUAGAUCAACAGAAUGGAGUAAGAUUAAAGCCAAUAUGCCUUGGUUGUUGGAUGCAGUUGUCUGCGUUGCGCUAGACUUAUUUAUCAUAUUACAAUAUGUCUACUACAAAUACUUGCCAAAGAAUUCUCCCACUUCGAAUGGCAGAGAAUAAGAAGGAGCAUACAAGGAAGUGAACAAGAGCUGAAUACAUUAUACGGGCUGGCUGCUCUGCUAUAUACUCCUGUUCUGAGGGACAAAGAAUUUUGCGGCUAUUUCUUUGUAAUAGAGUCCUCUUACAUCCCUGUUUUACCCAUUACAAUGGCUUUUACUGGAUCUAUAAUUUUAUAGAAUAAUACUAUUAAUAUUUCCUUCUCA